GAGUCAAUGUGAACGGAUCGCAGAACCGACCCGAGCGAGAGACGAGAGAGAGAGAGCGAGCGAAGUGUGAUCGCUAGAGGUCUCGGCACACACACACAUACAAACAGAACCCGUUUUGAGUAAAGUGCGCAAGGAUUGGGAAAAUAGUCAGUGAGUUUCGUUUUGGAAAAGUUACAAAAAGUGUGAAAUUUGUCGGCGUGCUGAAAAUUGGGAAAUAUUUUUCGAAAGUUUGUUGGUUGGAAGCUCGGUUUUGCGCGUCCAAGGGAGAGAGACAGAGCAGCAGCCCCCCUUUCUAAAUCUUAGUGUAGUUUUUAUCAUCCCGACUAACGUGGAGCGAAAACAGUCGUAAUUCUAGUAAUCCUGAUUGUGUUGAAAUUGUAUGUGAUUACAACAAGCAGAUAAAAUCAUCUAAUAUCCACGUAAUUUGAUGUUCAAAUUGAGGCAAUUUUGCAAUCAAAAGCCAGAGUGUGAACGUCCAAAGUGUGCUAGGAAAAAGUUGGCAAACACUGGUCAGAACUUGUAGACACAGUGCGUGUGGUCUUGUUCGCAGUUUUCCGAGAGUGCGACAUCGGCCCCCAUCACCAAUACACACACACCACGCGGCGUGUUGUUUCGAAAGUGUUUCCUACAGAUUUUGCAUCACGUAAAGUACGUACUGUGGAAACAGUGUGGAACGAAGCCUACUUUGGUACACUGAACGCACACAGUCAAGCUCAAGAGUCACGUUGCUGUAAGUGUGAACGACGACUGCGACGACCGCGACAGAGAACAAAGAAGCGAGCUCUUUUGCGUCGAACAGUCAAGGCACACUGUGUGUUGACGAGCUACUGCGGCAGGAGCAACGCUUCGCCAGGAAGACAAAAAGGGGAGAAGAAUAUUUGCUAGUUCCGUGUAAUAUUUCUGUGAUAGAAGCGAUCCCGCGGGUUCCAGCGAGAAACCGUGGAAGGAAGCCUCUGGAAAGUAUUUGUGACGAAGAAUAUCGAAUAUCCCUCCCCCGGAAGUGCGAAUUUGGCUCUGCGCGAAGCAAGGUAGCCGGAAGCGGAGGUCAAGCAGCAGACGAAGACGGCGAGCGAGACACGGUUAUUGAUGAAAUCUGCAAGUGUUUGCUGGAAGACGCAAAAAGAAAGUGUAGCAUUUCAAGGCGAACAAAGAGUACGACGAGAAGGAGGAGUAGUAGUUGUGGAACGUAUACCUAUAUCAUCAGUGAAGCAAAGGUGAAAGAGGAAAACAAAUCACAAAGAUUCGUGUAUCUGCACUCGAUUAUGUUGUGUAUCCUGCAUUUUCUUUUAGUACCGAGAUAUUUUUAUAAUAAAAUAAUAUCAAAAGAAGAAAAAUUUCACUAAAAGAAGAAGAAGAAUCAUAAACUGAAGCAGUAUAAUUGAUGAUACAAAGUAAAUAUAGUUUAUAUUUAACAAAUUAAUAAUAAAGUGUGAUAAUAGUUUUAAAACGUAACCGUAAACAAUUGACUGAUACACCAGAGUGAGUGUGCGUGCUAGCUGAGGAAGAAACGAAGAAGAAAAAGGUGGAAACGAGUCCAAGAUGACCAACUCGCACAACCGGAGUGGCAAAAACGGCGGCAGCAAUGCCGAACGGUAUUUCAACAAUCACAGUCCACAGCAGGUAAGCGGUGGGGGUGGUGGUGGUAAGCGAAACAACGCUGCCAAUGGGAACCGGGGUCAAAAGUCGCCCAGCGCGACCUACUUCCGGAGCAUCUCCUCGUCGAGUGCGAUCCCGAUAGUACAAUCGUCGACGUCGCCCGUUAGCAGUAAGGGUGGAAGCUACUACAGCACCAGCACGCCAAACGGCGGAGGACGGAAUCAUAGCUUUAAUCUCAGUACCAGCUAUCAGCGUACGAGUCCCGGUGGUGGUUUCAACGCUAUGUUGGCCGGAUCGCCACCUAACUUUUCCCACUUUGCUGGUAGCAAGUGUUACGACGCACCGGCGCCCACCGCUUUACCCAAACCUCCAGUCCACUGGACAUCGUCCGCAGCAUCAUCAUCAUCGUCAUCGUCAACCACGCAAGUAUCAGCCCCCAACAACACUUCGAAGACAUCCAUCAGCAAGCCAACACCGACCGUCAAGAAUGCCAGUAGCAAGGGAUCGUCAUCGUCCAGGUCCAAAGCGGCCACCGCCGCCAAAUCGGUGGUGAAACCGGCCAUGUCCUGUGCCGUAGCCGCGGCCAAGGCUAACCGACACGUGGAUUUCGCGCACAACCUGAAGAUGAUCCUCAACGUGCAAGCCUAACCAGGACGCGUACUGUAAACGAUACUAUAGGCCAAACCGUCGUUGUUGUUGGCUGGUGACUGUACGCUGCCAAGAUCGCUGCUCAUCCAAACCGAGGCAGAUUAAUCUGCGCCACCCCCGUCUCCAUCAGAACUCCCAGAACUUUGUAUACAAAACUUAACCCUUCAUAACCAGUAACCAAACCUACAAAAGAAAACAUUUUUAUCGCAAACGAUCGAAGGCAGCCUGCGUCACGACGAAGACGACUCAAGUGAGUUGAAACAUGUGUACUAAAAACAACAACCAUUUUGAUGAUUGUCGAUUCUAGUUGUGUAAAACUAUUUUUUUUAAUAUUUUAUUUUUAAAUAUCAAAACGUGACACUUAUGGGGUCAUUUGAUCGGCCAUUGCAAAUGAUUAUAUCCUAAAUUCAAUUAUUUCUGUAAGCCUCAUUUUCUGGCUUCUCUGCAGGGUGGUCUGAGCACGUGACCUAAUAUUCCACAACUGCAAUUCAAAGUAUUCAUCGAACAAUGUCCAUCCUCUUACGACAGUCAAAAUUCCAAACAAAGUUUUAUGCUUGGGUUUGAAAGCGACCAAUAAAUCAGCUGCAGACUUCGGUGCAUUCUUAGAUCCUUUUUUCGCCAGCCAACUUUGUCAGUGCGAUGUCAUAUCGAUAUCCGACCGACAACCCACGAUUGUGAUGAUCGUUUCCGUUUGUGUGAACUAGAUUGUAGACGGGACUGAACGUCAAAAGGGUGGUUUAUUGGCCGUUUUAAAAACCACAAAAAAUGCUAGUUUCUGUUCGUGCCGUUCCCCCUGCAGAGAAAUCACAAUAUUAGGCACGUAAAAUUGUUACUUUUGCAUUGUACAUGUGUAGUCAUUUUUCAUUGUUUUCAAUUUUAUAUUUGUGCACACGCACUCGUGAGUGCGGGUGUGUGUGCUUUAAAUACGCGAAACACCUCCCCGAGUAUAAAACAAAUGUUCGAGGUGCUUUCGUGUUUCCUUAAAGAGGCGAUGAAUAAACAAUUUAAAUACAGUUAGAACGUACGAAAAAAAGUGAACUCAAAGACCAAAAACGCGCUUUUAACACACACACACGCCAGUAUCGACACCAGUUGGCAGUGUGCAAACCCGUGCGCAAUUGGUGUUUAAAUUUUAAAAUAAAAGUAUAUUUUCUUCAAACUCUUUCACUCUUCUUGUCAACAAUGGUGAUAAUUAUUGAAAAUUUCAAAGCUGUCUGCCCGACAAAUGUCGCUGAUGGAGGGCACUGAAAUUUAGCCAAUUAUCGCACGUACUUCAUUCCAAACACCACCCCAGUUCAACAACAUUGUAAACUUUUCGCAAACUAAGCUGAAAACCGUCAAUUGCGCAUCGGUUUGUGGCUUCCAAUCGAUACAGACAGGGCAAACACGUGUAUGCAUGUGUGUAGCCGUGUGUGUGUGUGUGUUUGUACACGGUGCGCCAUUUGCCGUCGUUUAAAAGCACACACAUACACAAACACAGACGUGUAGGAACUCGAGAGAAAGAAAGGAAAACAAAUACAGUACAAAAUCGAACUAUUAAAUGUAUGUUUUACAACUAAUAACCAGCAAAGCAAAUCAAACACACUCUGGACGGAAUCCAAGAUGAUACAGAAAACAAAACUUGCAGAAACAUAAAAGCACACAUUACAAUGUGACAGAGAAAGAAAGGGAGAUUGAGUAGAAGAGUUGGAUUGGAGACGAUUAGUAAAAUACAGGAUAACGUUGAGUGUUAUAGAGAAAAAGAGCGAGAGAGGAAGCGAAGAAGAAUGUUUGUGUGUGACAAUAUAUUAAAACAAAAACAAAACGAGAAUCGAAAGACUUAUCACUAACUGAUAAAAACGCAUGAAAACAAAAACCAACUUGGAAACAAACAACAAACACACACACAUUGAUUGUGAAAGCAUAUGAUGAAGGGUGCUGAAAGUUAGUUCGUAUGUUGGACAUGUGGACAAGCUUUCUCGUUUACUCGUCAGCUGGUCGGAAAGCUGGAGACUCCGAAAACAAAAAAGAAGACACAUUUUUGCAGGAGAGAUAGUUUGCCGGCAAGAUCACACAAAAUUGCGACAUGGGCCAUCUCUCAGGGGGGCGGAGUUUGAAACAGAACUUUGCCACAAAAGAUUUCCUUUUUUUAUUUCUUAGUUGAUCCUAAGUUAUUUAAUUCGUGGUGUUUGUGCAUGCACAAGUGCAUUUGUGGAUUUUAUUUCUUUUCUUUUUUCCUGCUUGGUUCCGAAAUUUUUGGAGACGUUAAUCUCUUGUAUAUAGCACAGUUUUAAACCUUUAAUGAAAAAACGGUAAAAGGGAGUGUGCCUUCUAGUAAUUUUUACAAAAUGGAGAGUAGACGAAACCCUACAUCAGCGCAGAUAAAUAAGACAACAACAACAUCAUAACUCCGCCCUGCUAAACUUGUAUGAGAAGAAAAAGAAGAAAAAGUAUUUUUCACCGCUGACCAGCGGGAAGCGAACCUGGUACGUCUGGAUCGCUUCGCGACGGCUGGCGGACAGAUGAUUUUCAUUUCUUUACUUUCCUUUCACCUAUACCUUCAAGCUCGUGCGUAAACGCAUGUAUCAAUAGGAAUUGAAUCAAAAUUUCAGCGCAAAAUCAAUAUUUUAGCCCAGUGCAAUAUCUAAGAUUCGAAAAUAAAAUUUAUGGAAAAAAUUGUCUCACAAAACACGAAUUACAAAUACGUUUGUAGCUCGGAAAGUUCUUUUUCGUUUUAGACCAAGCUAAAAUUUCAAAACAGAUAUGUAAUAUUUAUAUUGCACACACACACAUAAACAUACGAAAAAUGAGUCAACAUUUGCAAUCUAGAUUUUAUGUUUAUCUUUAAAUUCGUAUUUUCAAUCAGAUGUUUUACCUAUCCCGCUGCAAAUAUACGUUUGAUCUCAUGUUCCUCUCCUUAAUAUUUUUGUUUUUAAAAAAAGUUCAAGUAUAUCAUUAACGAUUUGUAGUUCACCUCCCAGCGCCAGUGUGUGAACCCGGUUAUCGAUUUCUGAAGGAAAAACGAAAACAUCGCUUUCGUUUCCCAGGGUCGUAACGGUCCUGCGCAGUGCGCGCUGGUUCAAAAUUAUUCAAAAUAUUUUUGUUUUGUUCCUCUCAGUUUUUUUUUUCGACACACACAGACUAUCAAAAUUUGUACGAAAUUUCCAUAAAAGAUGGAUAAACUAAAUGAAUCACACACAUUGUAUGUAUAGAAGCUAAGCAAAACAAAACAGAUCACCCAUAAAUACAGCAAUUAUUGAAAACAUGAACAUUUACCAAACUUUGAACACUCAAACUCUCUACAAGAUAGCCACGUACACGCUUGUUCGUAAAAAAAGACAAGCUCUAUUUUCCCCCCAAUUCACCACAAACCAAACCGCGUAAAUUCAUAAAAAAAUACCAAACCGAAAAGCUGCAGUAGAUCGCAAGCAAAACGCGUUGCAUAUUGUUUUACUCUAGAAUAUUAUAUUGUUGAGUGUUCUUUCGUUGACAAAAACAAUAACACAGUACCGAUGAUACAAAGUUUCGUGAAUUUUGUGUUUCUUAUCUCAAGUCGAACGAAUCGCGAAAAUUUGGCACAGAAACUACGGCUUCGUUAUUCAGACGGGUUUGGCGUAAAAAAAAACCUUUUUAGUUACGCUUUACAAACAACUCUAGCUCUAAAUACAAAAAAAAAACUUUCUACCUAUAUAUCUUGGGAGCAGCCGAAAAAAGACGCUUGUCCAGCAAGUGAAAAAAAGGCGCUCAAAACCCAAACGGUUCUGUGGUCCUAUCCUGCUUUCUCCUGUACCUUCUGCUUUGAAACUCGAAACUCCGAGCGGAAACGAGAACGAACAUCUGGCCCUGUUUUCUACCUGCCAAAAGGUUGGGUUAGUCCCAAUAGAAAUUUAUGGUUUCCUGUCUGUUGGGAAAAUUUGUACCUGAAGUGAACCUGUUCUCAGCGAACGCACUUGUGAGUGUUUGCUUUUUUAAAGAAAAAAUAUUAAACUCUUCAAAUUAUAGCGAAGAACUCGUGCACCUUGACAAGUUCUAAGAUAACUUUGGAUAACUUUGGUAUAACCUUGGAUGUAAACAAAAAGAUCACCCGCUUACUACGAUAAAUGUUUACAUUGAAUCUGAGCUAGUUGAGAUGCGUGUUUACAUCCAAGGUUACACCCUACUGAAAGUUGACAGCUGAGUUCCUUUCACCAUAGCAUUGAUAGCCUUGGUGCGUCACAAAGACUGCAAGGCCAACAACGCUAAGGUGGGUGCACAAGCCUUCGCGUUUUCUACCCUAAAAUACGUUCUCGUUCGUACCCCUACAUCGAGCUUCCCCUCUAUUUACUUUUUUUAGUUUUACCCUAGCAAUAAUUAAGCAACUAAAGGAAAAAAAAUAACACAAAAAAAACUAAAACCGUCUGCCAGUCUGGAUAAUGAACGCCUUGCCGACCCUCCGUUUCGAAAACGCGUUUUGAAAGUUGUGUUGUUGUACAAUAUUGGUUGCUUCGCGAUGCCAUUAGUAGAGCGCCGAGAAAUCGAACUGAACUGCUUGAUUGAUCACAAACAAUAAAGUCACACACAGACACACACACACACCAGGUUGGCGAAACAAACAUUCGAUUCGACGCGAUAAGAGGCAAACGAAAAAAGAAAGAAGAAACAUUAAUCUGCGAUAUAAGUAAUUAAAAGAAACAGCUGAUACUGCUAAAUAUUAUUAUUUUUUUUUUAUUUUGGAGAAAAUAAAAUGCAAAACACAUAACGUAUAAGUGGUUGGAGAUCUAUGUGUGUAAAAUAAUAGCAGACAAAGCUAAGCAUAUUGAGGAAAGAGAGAAGAAGAAGGCAUCAUAAAUGGAGGAGUAAGGCAAGAAGCAGCACUUUUAGUAGCAUGAGGAAAGUCAUGUAAACUCACACGCACAUACGAGAAAUCGCAUUUCAAUUAUUUUUUUUCUGUAUAUUACAGAGAAAUUGUAGACAGGUCUGUUGAUGAAAAUAUUCCCAUUCACACAGAAAAUUAACUAAGAGGCAUGUAAUAAACAAAAAUGUAUGCUGCGCGUGAGUACUGCUUUGCUUUUAAAGAGAGGACCGGAAAUGGUCAAGUAAAUCCACAAAACCAACAUCAACAGAGAGAAGAGAAAUGAGAUUGUAAUAAUAACCGAUGGAAGGUGGAAGAAACCUUUAGAUUCUUAAGCGUAAUAAAUAUUAGAAUUUAAACUAUAGAGAUGAGACAAAAAAGGUAGAAAUGUUCGUAAUUGUUCUGUGAUCCCUAUUCAUUUAAUGGUACUGCUUUUUUCGAGAGGCAUCAAGCUAGUAAUGAGAUGGAAUUUUCUAAAUUGUUGGAUGGAUUCACGAAAACAGAGGCAAAAUCAACGUAUCUGGUAAAAAGCAGUGACUAUUAAAAAAGUGCUCCGCGGGGCUUUCGAGUCCUGCGGACGCUGCAACGAUAAAUCUGUACUAGAUUUUUGUAACGAACAAGUAAGUAAAUUUGAACCAAUUCCUUAUAACAAAAAAACAAAACAAAGAAACAAACAAUUCGCCAUGUACUGUAUCAACAAUCAUAAAUUACUGUAGUCACGAAAUAUCUCACAGCUUUCCAGACAAAAAAGGUUCUAUAUAAAAUUGAAGAGAUACAAAACGAUUCAAAAUUGUUCAUGCUUGUAAGAAACGUUACAUAAAAAAAAUAAUGUAAUUCAGGAAAUUGUUUUCGACUUUUAAGGAAAAAAUUGUAACAUCAGAUGAGAAAAAAAAAAUCAGUUUAGUUAUCUUUUGUUGAAAUUGUAACAAUACAACUAUUGUGAUUCAUUGAAAUUUUAUGCAAAAAA